GAGAGGAAGCAUGGAGCAGGUUAACAGAGUUCGGGUCCUUUUUCAUUCCUUACUUCUCACCUGUGGAUCCGGCAGGUUGUUUUUCUGUGCUUCGGCCACGCACGUCCUUGUGUUCCUACUCGCCGCGGUCCUAUCUUCUUGUAGAGGAAUAAUGUUAGUGGAGACUGGACCAAAGAUCGUCGCCUUUGUCGGUGAAACUAUCCUCCUGCCCUGCAUCACCACCAUCAACAGUGAGGUCCCAACAGUGGAGUGGACUAAAGAGGGUCUGUUUCCAAACACUGCCUUCCUGUACCGCGAUGGAUGUGAGACCUUUGAGAUGAAGAAUCCAGUGUUUCAGUACAGAACAAACCUCAUCGUGCACAAACUUCACGACGGAAACCUGUCAAUGGUGAUAUCCAAUGUGCAGCUAAAUGACAGUGGAAACUACCAGUGUGCGAUUCGGAGGAACAGGAAAAAGAAAAUCAUCACAAGACUGGAGCUGUUUGUAGGUGCUGUUUCUGAGCCGAAACUCUCAGUUGUUCCUGGUGUUGGAGGUGGACUGACUCUGCAGUGUGAGGCCAGGUGUUGGUUCCCCGAGCCUACAAUUACAUUUCUUGACAGUCACGGAAACGAGAUCAGUGCUGAAGACCCAAAGAGAGAUGGAAACUCCCCAGGGUGUCUGGCAGUCACAAGAAGAGUCACUCUGCAUACUGCUACCAACAGGGUCACCUGUAGAGUCCAGCAGCCUGAGAUAAACCAGAUUAGGGACUCAGAGAUUUACAUACCGGAUGAAUACCUGAGAUCCUGCACUGUAAACGUUGUAAUCAGCAUUGCAGUGACGAUCCUUUUAGUCACAAUCACCUGUGCACUCGUAUACUUUAUAGUCAAGCGCUGUUGCUCCUCCGUUGGAGGACAGAAACUGAGUGUUAAUGGAGUGAGCAUCAACCAGCUACCGAAAGAGAUGAAUGAGAGCACACCCAGUCCGGACACGCCCCCCAGCGAAUCAUCAAAUGACUCCACAUCCUCACCAGGUAUCUCAAAUCCCAGUAAUUCAUCAACACAAGAGUCUCCUCAAAGAAACAACAACCUCAAACCAGAGACUUCAACCAGCCGCAGCCGUCCAAACUCUGACAGAUUAUCACAGACCACAGGAGGAGAUUCAGAACCUGCCGGUUCAACACAAAAUGCAGUAGCCAGCUCCCAGACGCAGAGAAGCAGUCAAGACAGCAAUUCUGCUCUUUCAGCAAACAGUGACAAUGUGUUUUCCAAUUCUCCUUCACACUCAAAAGAGCUUCAUUUUGUCUCAAACGCGCGUUGUGGAAGCACUGCACGGCCUCAGCGCAGACAUACGCACUCUCCAGAUGCAGAGCCGCUCAUCUGUAUCUAGAGUGGAACUGAAAUACAAGGAUGUGGCAACUUUUACAACUGGACAAAAAGAAAGUAAAAUGCUGAUGUCAGCUGACAGUCAAAGGAGAGUCGGUCAUGCAGUUCAAGUUUUACUUUCUGUCGACUGAUUUUUCAGCCAUGUUUAAGCAUUCAGCAGAGACGGCUGGAUACUUCAUAAGUAAACUUCAUUGCAAAGCAGUGCAUUUUAUAAGCAGUGCAUUUUUUAAUAUAUUACAUAACAUAUAGUCUAAAAAGUAGUAGUCAACAGUAAGUAAAUGUUGUCAUGUUAAUAUAUGGUAUCAUUUUAUGACUCACUAGUAGCACUGAAUAACUAUUAUCUUCACAUGGUUUUCAGUAUGACACUGCCUGAGCGCUUGUCAAGAUAAGCCUCCAACACAGAUGGUAGAUUAGAGGUAGAUGUAAUUUUUUAUGAUUCAAUAAUCAAGCUAACGGGACUUUUGAAAUAAGCUUUUUCCUUAUUUUUUGUUUGUUCAACUCCCUAAAAACAACCCCCCCCCCCCCGAAUAUAUCAAACUGUGGAUUUGAAGAGCUGUUACACCCCAUUCUCCUGACAUACCUGAGUACCUCAACUGCUUCUACUGAAAUGCUGUGAAAAUGCAGUGAAAGUAAAGUACAAAUACUUUAAGUACUUUCUUGUUUUGUUAUUUUGCACUUUUCUCAUGUUGUUCUUUUUUGCACAUAUGUUUCUGUGAUUUUACAGGGAGGGCUGUGUAAGGUUUUCUUAGUACUAAUCCUACAUAUCAACAUCAGCUUUACCAUUUAUCAGAUCCUUGAAACUUGGAAGCUUUAAAACUAACUUUAUUUUGUUUUAAACUACCUUAUGAUUGUGAUUUUGCUUUUCUACCACAAUAAUAUUUGUUAUCAAGUUAUUACAAGUUCAUUAUGUAUUUCUUUUUAUUUUCUGGUUGUGUAAAAGGAGCCGUAUGAAUAAACUAUUUUGGCUUUUUAAAACUGUUUUUGUCCAGAUUUAAUAAAACAGACCUUGUUUCUGACCCAUAUUUUCGCAGCUGGAGGGAGAAA